AAUGGACCAGACUCAAUGCCAGCAUUAAAGCCUUUCGGCAGGCUUCAGCUUAUCCAGCCAUAAGAAUACACAAGGCUCACAUUAUUUGCUCCGUUCUAUUCUUCCUCUCCUUCCCCUGCAAACUCCUCUCUUGCCAGCAUUGAGGUUUGAAAGAUGACAAUCUUGGUUAUCUCCGUGGACCUGCAAUGCUGCCGCUGCCGAGCCAAGAUCACCAGGGUCCUGGACUGCCUCAAAGAGGAUUUCUGCAUUGAGAAGGUGGAGUUCGAGGACAAGCUGAACAAGGUGAUUGUACGCGGCAAGUUCAGCGGCGAGAAGCUCUCCAAGAAGAUCUGCUACAAGGCCGGCAGGAUCGUCAAGGAGAUCACCAUCGUCGAGGUCUGGCCGCCGCCCAAGCCGGAGGAAAAGCCGAAGCCGCCGGAGGACAAGCCGAAGCCGCCGGAGGAGAAGCCGAAGCCGCCGGAGGAGAAGCCGAAGCCCCCGGAGGAGAAGCCGAAGCCGCCGCCGCCGCCGCCCAAACCGGAGGUGAAGGUGGUGCCGUACCCGUACCCGUACCCGGUGCCGUACCCUUGGUCGUCCCAGAGCUGGGCGUGCGCGUACCCACCUCCGCGGCCGUGGUGCCCGUGCCCGCCGCACCAGGCGUGCCACUGCUCCAAGCCGCCACCGCAGCCGCAGCCGCCGCCGCCGCCGCCGCCGCAGCCGCCUCAGCCGCCGCCGUGCUCGUGCUCCAAGGAUGACGACAAGCACCACCAUUGCGGCGGGAGGCCGCCGUGCAGCUGCGGUUCCAGACCGCCGAUCUGCUGGCCGCCUCCGCCGCCGGGGGCGUACCCGCCGCCGUGGUGGUGCGACAUGGUCACCGAGGAGAACCCGGGGUGCUCCAUCAUGUGACAAAAUAUGGUUCCUAGCUUACUGCAGGCUGCUGUUACUGUGCCUGCUGCCAUCAGCACUUUCCUCUGCCCGGGCUUCGAUUUAAUUUUUCCUCCGCUGAUGGCCUCCUCGGAAAUCGCAAUAAUCCGACACUAGUCGGUGCCAUUCGUGUUCGUUGUUGUGCUUGGUCUGGUCCUCGUCGCCUUGUGUCGUCAUUUGUGUUGUUGUGCAGUUUAUGUGUGUCAUCAUGCCUUGAACUUCGUCUCCAUUUUUUUUCUUUCUUGAAAAAAUUGUAACACUGAUGUAUUCAUUCCCUGUCAUAUGUUCGUCACUGUAUGAGUUCCAUUCUUGCUGUGAUCGAUGCAAACUUGUGCCA